AUGUUUUCCACAAUGCAGUCGUCUCUCAGGCCAGUGGCAUCUUCGCCAGAACAACAACAGCAUCGCUCCAACUACAGCGACUUUGAUCUCGCCCUCGAACGUCACAACUCCCACGAAAGUGCAACCAGCUCCAACUUUACUCACAGAGCUGAUCCUCCUGCUCAAUCUAGCCGACACCGAGGUCUUUCUAGCCUUUCUUUCCAUUCGUCUCAGCCCGACGUCAAUGCUACGCCCUCACCAUCCUCGUCUCGUGUUGCCAACAGUCCCAACUACUCUCGUCCCAGAUUCGAGCAUGCCCACACUCAGCCCUCGACGCCGUCGCAUUCGCACAACAGCCCUCAGUCCUACUUCUCCGCUGACAUGCAUUCGCACUCGUUCUCGGGUUCCACUCACGGUAUCAGCUCUCCAUUCGAUGAAGACGAGCUUCGUCAGAUCAUGUCACGUCGUCCUGACGCCGGCACUGCUCCCUCUCUUGACGGUGAUGUCGGCAAAGGCGUCAAGUCGGCCAACCAUCAGGACAUCAGUCCUUGGCUCUUCCAGAAUGACAACGGCGCAUCUACUAGUACUGCUGUUCCUGCUGCUGCGUCCACUUGUCGUUCUUCGAACCCAAGCACCACGCUUAGCAAUCGCACUGCCUCGAGUAGCUCAGCCAGCCCCGCCAUGCCUUCACGCUCCAUUCGCACCCGUCCUCGAAGGGGAACCGGCACCACUCAAUACUCGGUCAAUGACGGCGGCAUCUUUGCAGACAUGCCUGGCCUCACGGCUUCUCGCUCCCAGUACUCGUUGCGUCCUCAGACGCCGCCCUCGGCAAGCACUUCCACAAGCACCCUCAACGGCUCCAAAGAUACCCAUCCUUCUGCUGCCAAGAAGUCGCGCAACCCGUUCGGCUUCCUCAAGAAGAAGACCUCUACCCAUCCCAACACCUCCUCUUCCAACCCUAUACGUCAUGAGCCCCCCGUCUCGUCGCUCUCGUCGCGAUAUGAAUCCAAUGCCGCCAAUAUGAAUCCCAUGCGUCCACCCGCUUGGCUCGACAACAAUCGCCCUCUUGCCAGCACCACUUCGCCUUCCUCAGCUUCGUUGCGAUCACACUACCACCAGCCUCCCGCAGCACAGUCAACUCCAUGGCAAAAUCCUCUCAAUGCUCGCAUCGACUCUUUACCUCCUGCUGUCAGCUUGGGAGAUGAGCUUGAGUUAGAGACCCAGGCCAAGAAGGAACGCAGACGCAUCAAAGGUGUCCGACAUCAUCUCGGCAAGUCUUCCGAACGGUCCAAGACUGCUGAUGAUGCUGAUUCUGCGCGCGAUCUCUCCUUCCCGCAACAGAGUCGGUCUCUCGAGCAACAAGUUGAGCUUUCCCUUGAUAUGAAUUUUGAUCAGCUCGAAGACUUUGUUGAUACCAACGCCGCGAGGCAGCGGCUGCAGGCGUCCGUCACGGAUGGUAUCGCCACCAGCCCCUCGGAUCAUCGCUCGCCCAGUGGGAGUGACUCGGGUCUCUACCGCUCACCUUCGCCCUCUCACGCUUCCCUGGCAGAUCGUCAGACAUCUGUGACUUCCACUGCCGAAUCCUCAUCACAGCUCUCGGAUGCUUCUCUCGCUCAAUCUGGUUCAAUUCGCACCUCCAAUCGCAACAACGCCAGCACAUCCACCGGCACUUCCACCUCCACCAUUCUCAGCGAUCGAAGACCUUCCCAGAUCAACAUGCCUCGCAACAGUGUACCCAGAGUCAGCUUGGCCGAGAUGCAAAACUAUCAGUCACUGCGCAAAAUGUCGAGCAACCUUCACGACAUGCCCGAAAGUGACUCUUACAACCCUUCCGCCUCCAGUCUACCCGUUCGUCGUGGUUCUGCCGCAGCCAACUUCGCUUCUUCCGACUCGUCCCAGCACGGUGUGGUUGGUUCCUCUGAUGCAGCAUUGAUCGGCCAUCGCAAGGACAGUGUCGUCUCUGCUGGCAGUUUGCGCUCCUAUCACAGCGGCAUCUCGCCAAAGACGUCGUACACCAAUCUGUCCAGCACCGUUCAGGAGCGAAACAAGGCUUUGGCUGCCUCGAGCCCCGCCACAGGCUGGAGUGCCUCCCACGCCAAGGACAAGCCAGCCAACGGACGUGCCGACCACAGCUACCAGUUCCCACCCGCAGCUGACCUCAAUGCCGGCUCUUUGUUGAACGUGCGCAAGUCGAGUGCCAGCUCAGGACAGGAGGCAAGUUCCAGUUGGAUGGCUCCGGACAGUUGGGCUGUACAGCCUGACAAGAUGCGUGACUAUCUUCGCGAUGACAAUGUUGGAGAGGAGGAAGAGGACGAUGAUGAGCAUGCCAGAGCACAGCUAGCCGCUGCAGAUGGCAAAAGACGUGGUUCCAGUUCCGGCGUCAGCUCCUCCCAUGCUUCGAGCAUGUUCCGCGUUGCCUCGACGGAUCCAUUCAAGAAGACAACCUCUAUCGCUGGCUCUCGCAGAGGUACCGACGACUCGGUUGACCCACUGACGGUAUUGCCGCCAUUGCCUACCAACAAAGCAGUGGACGAAGCAUCAGUCAACAAGGUGGACGUGCUCGAGCAGACCAACAACCUCGCACAGUCGGCUCUGGCGCAAGGGCAGUCGCAAUCCCAUUCGCUGCAGUCAGGUCAUCACCAUGGCUCGAGUCACAUACGUCCAUCUUCGCGCGGCGGCGCGGGUGCUGCUAUGCUUGCUUCGGCCGGCGCUUCAGCUGCUGCUGCUGCAGCCGGUAAACUUGGUCUUCACCGCCCAUCAAAGCAUCGCAUGCAUACACGGCCCAACACAGCCGGGUCCAUUGGUGCGACGAAACCUUCCACCACCACGCUCAGCUCGACGCUCUCUGCCGAGGACGACUCCAGCAUCACUAGCAGUUCUACGAGACGCGAUGGGCAUCCACUCAAGCGCUCUACCGCAGCCACCACGAACGCGGCUCCUGGCAGCGCUCUUCGCAACCACUUUAUCCGCGUCUACAAGAUCGAUGGCACCUUUGCUACGCUUUCCUGCUCGCUUGUAUCGACUGCGAACGAGGUGCAAACCAUCCUCGCACGCAAGAGCCUCACCACUGAGUCUGCCGCGUAUCGGUUGUUCGUGCGCGACAAGGGAUCUGAGCGCCCGCUCGGCAAUUCCGAUAAGCCUGCACAGCUUCAACGACGUCGUCUAAUGCAGGCUGGUCAUACCGAGAGCGAUGGUCUGGAAGACAUGGGCAGAGAUGACCUCUCGUAUUUGCUGCGAUUCGUCUUUCGCCCAGACAGUGUGCCUACCUUUGACUCUGAGUCGAUCGGACACAGCGAGCACACAUUCCAGCAUCUUGAUUUGCACAGCAGGAACCUCGAGAUGGUGCCCAUCUUCUUGUACAAGCAUGCAGACUGGAUCGUCAGCCUUGACCUUUCAGGUAAUCCGAUGUCAGAUCUCCCGCUCGACUUUGUUCAGCUCUGUUCGAGCCUUCGCACGUUGCGGUUGUCGAACCUUGCACUCAAACGCAUUCCGCAGAGCGUCAGACACAGCGAGACCUUGACUCACCUGGACGUCUCAAACAACAGGAUCGUCGAGCUGUCGCACAUCAGCCUCGACCUUAUUCCCGAACUCAUGUCGCUCAAGGUGCAAAACAACCGGCUCUUUGACUUGCCAUCAUAUUUUGCCGGCAUCAGCACGCUUCGCAACCUCAACAUCUCGAACAACCGCUUCGACGAGUUCCCCAAGGUCAUCUGCGAUGUUCCUUCGCUGGUCGACCUUGACGUGUCGUUCAACUCGAUCACCGAGCUCCCAGCUGAGAUCAAGAACCUAGUCAACCUCGAGCGCUUUAUCCUAGCAGGCAACUCCCUCGAGAAGCUGCCCGAUAGCAUGAGCGAGCUGGUCAAUCUUCGUACCAUCGAUCUGCGACGUAACAGAGUCCAAGACGUCUCGUCACUGCUCGGUCUUCCACGUCUGCAGAACAUUCAGGCUGAGAGCAACAACAUCAAGUCUUUCGAAGCCACCUUGGGUCCGCAGCUAACUCAAGUUGAGCUAGGACGCAAUCCGCUCAGCAAGGUACGCAUCGCAGCUCUCACCACCUGUGAUUUGACCUCGCUCGACUUGUCUUCGACCAACAUGACGCGAUUGGAAGAGGGCCUCUUCCCACAACUACCCGCGCUGGUCAAGUUGACUCUCGACGGCAACCAGCUGGUCGUGUUACCAGACACGCUGGGCGAGCUCAAACGGCUGGAGAUGCUCUCGUGCAGCAACAACUUGCUCGCCACGCUUCCCGAGUCCAUCGGCGACCUCAAGUUGCUCAAGGAGCUUCUCGUCCACAACAACAACCUCAAGACGUUGCCACAGACCUUGUGGUUCUGCGAGAGCCUUGCCCACAUCAACCUUAGUUCCAACCUCCUGGAGUCCUUCCCAGCAGCACCAGACAUGCGCACCGAUGCCUCGGUCGGAGAUGCGGCUGCAGCUGCAGGUGGCUCAGUAAUCCUGGCAGCACGCAAGGGCUCGACAAGCUCGUCGUUGACACACAACAUCAACGCAAACGGUGUCAAUGGAGCUGCUGUCGGAACCAAUGCAUCGACACCUUCCGAGGUCUUUGUUGCGCCGCUCUCGCUAAGCUUGCAAAAGCUUCGUCUCGGCGACAACCGGUUAGGUGACGACGUUUUCAGCGUGCUGUCGGAGCUCACCUCGCUUGAAGUGCUCAAUCUCAGCUUCAACGAAAUCUUUGAGAUUCCCGACUUCAGUCUUCAAACGCUCACGAGGCUUCGCGAGCUGUACAUCAGUGGCAAUCAGAUCAGCACGAUUCCGUCAGACGAUCUGGUCGUAUUGCAAGAGCUACGCAUCCUGCAUCUCAACUGCAACAAGCUCACCACGCUUCCCACAGAGCUCGGUAAACUCAAGAAGCUCGCUAACCUCGAUGUGGGCAACAACGUGCUCAAGUACAACAUUGCCAACUGGCAUUACGACUGGAAUUGGAACAUGAACCCAGAGUUGCGAUACCUCAAUCUGUCAGGCAAUACGCGUCUCGAGAUCAAGACCAAGCUGAGCGAGAUGGGCUUCACGCGCAAAUCGAACAUCUCAGAUUUUAGUCGCUUGACAAGUCUUCGCAUGCUGGGUCUCAUGGAUGUGACGAUGCCGUUGCAUUCCAAUGCCACGCCUGACGAAUCCGAAAACCGCCGUGUCCGAACCUCGUUGUCCCAGAUCAACGGUAUGGCCUAUGGUAUCGCAGACGCUUUAUGCAAGCACGACAAUCUGAGUGUCAUCGACCUCGUGAUUCCCAGCUUCCGCAAAGACGAAGGCGAAUGCAUCUUUGGUCUCUUCGACGGUCGAGGCCACGGAGCACAUGUCGGCAGUCGCAUCGCUCAUCACUUGGCCGAAUGGAUCGGACAUCGUCUCUCGUGGGAGUUUCAGAAGCAUCAGAACGAAAAGUCGACGGAACCUGUGUCAGUGCCAGAUGCACUGCGACGUGCCUUCUUACGCAUACAGAAGGACUAUGCCGAUGCUCUCAUCAACGACGGCAGCCGCAAAAUGUCGGAAGCUCAUGCAGAGGCAGCUGCCGACGUGACUCGCAGCUCGGCGCCUGCAAUCGCUGCUGCCUCCAACAAGCAUGACUGGCGCGCAGGUACUUCCGCCAUCUUGGCGUACGUGGUUGACCGCACGUUGUAUAUCGCCAAUGCCGGUGAUGCCCUUGCCGUCAUGUCGCGCAACGGUGGUACAGCUCAUCUGAUCAGCAACAAGCACGAGCCAUUCGACCGUGCUGAGAUCGAGAGGAUUCGUUCUGCUGAAGGCUGGGUUUCGCUUCGAGGCUACGUCAACGACAUGCUCGACGUCUCGCGGUCGUUUGGCUACUUCCAUCUGUUCCCGAUUGUCAAUGCGGCGCCUGCAGUGACCACGGUGCAGUUGACCGACUCGGACGAGUUCAUUAUCAUUGCCAAUCGAACGCUCUGGCAAUACGUGUCGUACCAGACCGCGGUUGACAUUGCACGCACGCAGCGGAACGAUCCGAUGAUUGCUGCGCAGAAGCUGAGAGACUUUGCCAUCAGCUAUGGUGCCGAAGAAAGCAUCAUGGUGAUGGUCAUCUCAGUGGGCGACCUCUUCUAUCGAUCUGACCGGCGCAACGGAGGCGGUGUCAACUUUGCCAACUAUCAGAACGCAGACGCAUUCAAGAAAGCAGGACGUCGCUUUCGAGAGGAGCUACCCGGUGAUCGAACGCUGGCUCGACUUGACCGGGAAGUGGCUCCUCCGAUCGGUCAAGUGGCGCUCGUCUUCACGGAUAUCAAGAACUCGACCUCGCUCUGGGAGACGAACAACGGGAUGCAGGCAGCAAUGCGACUGCACAACUACCUGUUGCGAAGACAGCUGCGGACGAUUGGUGGUUACGAGGUCAAAACGGAAGGUGACGCCUUCAUGGUCUCUUUCCCUUCGGUGACUGCUGCGCUGCUGUGGUGUUUCACCGUGCAACAGCAAUUGCUGCAAGAGGACUGGCCUCGCGAGAUUCUGGACAGCGAGGACGGAAAGGAGGUGUAUGACCAGUCUGGUGAGCUCAUCCACCGAGGUCUGUCGGUACGUAUGGGUAUCCACUGGGGUCGACCAGUGUGCGAGGCGGAUCCAAUUACUCGACGGAUGGACUACUUCGGACCCAUGGUGAACCGAGCAGCUCGAAUCAGCGGUGCAGCGGACGGCGGCCAGAUCUUGGCAAGUAAAGAUGUGAUCAAGGAGCUACAAGGCUUGCUUGGCACGUUUGACGAGUCGUCGACAGGUGCGGCUGGUGCCGAGGGCGAGCAGCUGCGAAAGACGGAGGAAGGGCUAGAUGAAGAUGCAUUCCGUUUGCUGAACCCCAAUGUCAGCCGUGAUGUGGUGCUGCUGCGAAGGAUGGGAUUUGGUCUGUCGCAGCUAGGCGAGCGCCGAUUGAAGGGAUUGGAGACGCCGGAGAUGCUGUGGCUGGUCUAUCCGAAGCAGCUGGCGGGUCGAUUGGAGCAGGCCAAGACAGACGAUGCACAGGAUGCGCCCACGGCACAAGUGUACGAACCGACAGUGCAGCUGCUGGAUAUCGAAGACGUCAAGCAAAUGGGCAUGCUUUGUCUGCGUGUGGAGUAUCUCUCCAACUCUACCGUCUGUCCAGGCAUCUUUGCAGCGCAAGACGACGCCGAGAGAUCGAACCCUGCGACACCAUCUGGCGAGACGACCCGCAACCCGAUGGACUCGGACAGCAAGACGAUCAGCGGCGAGGGCGGUAGCAAGAGCAAGGAGGCAGACUACCACGGCACAGCCAACUCGAAGCUGGUGCUCUCGCAUCAAGCGCGUCGAAAGGGAGUCGAAGCGAUGCUGAGCAUGCACCCCGAGCUGCUCAUUUACAGCAUUCGGGAUGAUGCAACGGACGAAGAGUUGGCGGGUAUCUUGGAUCAGUUGACGACUCGAAUCCAGAAUGCCGUCUCAACGCUGAUGGUCAAUGUCCUUCGCGAGAAGACAGCCAACGGAAGCAAGGCGUUGUCCGCAAUCGACCCAAGCGUUCUCGAGCUUCUCAAUAGUCUGCUUUCACAAUCACCACCUCAAGUGCCAAUGUCGGCAUCGAGCCCCCUCACGAGUCCACUGACCAGCCCUCGCAGCAGAUUGAUGGAGUUAUUGCCAUGA